AAGAAAACAUGUUUUUUCCAGACACGGGAUUUUCUUGAACGUCGCUGAGGAGAUUGGCUAACAGCCAAACCGUGGCCCCUGUGAAGCCCAAAGGAGCGAUGCCUUCCCCCCAUGGCAGCGUGCUGUCACUGGGCAUCCUCCUCAUGACAGUGGGGGGCUUGAUGUUCCUGUGCGUUACCCAGAUGUUGUUCUGGUUCGGCUUGGGGCUGAUCCUGGUAGGAUUCUUCCUGCUGCUGCUGGGGGUGUUCAUGGCAAUGAAAUCACACCACGUGGCUAUCCCAGGUCACUUCUUGCUGCAUUCUCGCACAGGGACAUCCUACAGCCACAAUCAGGCCAUCAUCAUUCAGAGGAGGCUGGACAGGAUUCGCAGAGCUGUCUCAGAAGACAGAGCGACCUCGAGACCUCCCCCACCAAGUCCCGGUUUGCAGAGCGUCCCAGUGACCCCCCUGCCCUGGACCAUGGAGCCUCCACCCUCUUAUGAGACAGUCAUGAAGAGUACCCUCAGCGAUGUCCAGCAACCCUGACCCUUCUGCCGGCCUGUCAUAGCUCAAGAUGGUGCCUUUACCCUUUUUAUUGUGCUUGGACGCAGUUUAUUGGAAACGGCACACUUCCUUUGGAAUUUAGGACUAAUAAAAAGUACCUUACGAACCCAUAAAAAGAGGAUGGUUCCAAUGUGGAUCUAGAAUUGUAUUUGCCAACUGAGGGUCAGCUGGUAGCUGAUGAAAAGUGCCCGUUGUUAGGGGACAGAAUGCUGCUGCUUU